GAUUCUUAUAUUGAAAAAUUUAAGAAGUGAAAUAUUUUACUUAUUUUUUUCUUGAUUGUGAUUUUACUUAUUUUACAGGUUUGCCUACCUCUCUAGUUACAGAGAGAGGAGAGGGGCUUUGAAGCCUUAAUUCAAGCUAGAAAUCUCGCUAGAAAACUAGCCAUAUCGAUCUAGGUAAGUGAUGACAACGAAAAGGCCCUCGGCGCUUGGGAGGCAUCCUAUUUAAUAAAGAUUCUUCCUCUAGUCGAAUAGUCCGCAACCUGAACAUCGUAGAUGGAUGUAUAAUAGAAAUUAUCCCAAUCGUAGAGGGUUGAGGGAAGAAUUUGUACAAGGGGUUGAUGGAUUUAUUGAUUAUACAAUGUCGCUUUCUCAGUUUCGUCAUGAGGGCACUAUUAGGUGUCCUUGUGUGAAUUGCAAGUGCAUGAAGUUUUUAAAGCCGGAGAAUGUUAAAUUUCAUCUUUAUAAAAAGGGUUUCGAAGAUAAAUAUUAUUUCUGGAUUGCUCAUGGAGAGAUCGAGCCUAGUAUGGAUGUGAAUUAUCAAAAUUUUACUGAUGAGGAGGCCUUCCAGAAGAAGAGUGCCAAAGUAAAGGGUGUUCGAGCAUUUGAAAAGGGCAGCUCGUUGCACAAUGAGGGUUUUGUUACAGUGAGGACUCAGCAGAAGAGAUUGGCUUACACGAGAUCUGUAUCUUGUGAUGAAGUCCUCCAGGAGACCCACACAAAGAAAAAGAAAGAUGGAAAAAAGGUUUGGGUUGAACCUCAAGCUGAGCAAACAAAUAAUGAGUACAAAAAGAAUUUAGAGGAGUACAUACAGAAUGAGUCGAUCGGCGAUCAAGAUGGGCCAAGCAAACCAUCUGAUAAUGCGGACAUUAGUAUUAAGGUGGUUGGUGACGUACAUAAGGAGAGAGCCUACGACGUUGGAUCAGAGUGUUCAUUCACUCGUCAGUUGCCAAGAUUGUCUGGUGCUUCUUCUUCCUCUUCACAGUCUUUAGUGAAUGAGGAUGAGUUGGAGGCAGCGCAGAAGCAGUUAGAGGCAAUGCGGGAACAGGUAGAGAUGGAUUCAUUGCGGAGACAACAACAAAAGCUGACAAAAAAGCACGAAGCAGGUCGUUUAAAAUUUGCUCAAUUUGAGAAACUAGUGCAUAAAGUCACUGAGAUGGAACAACAACGUAGAUGGAUGUAUAAAAGGAAUUACCCCAAUCGUGGAGGGUUGAGGGAAGAAUUUGUACAAGGGGUUGCUGGAUUUAUUGAUUAUGCAAUGUCGCUUUCUCAAUUUCGUGAUGAAGGCACGAUUAGGUGUCCUUGUAAGAAGUGUAAGUGCAGAAAGUUGUUGAAGCCGGAGGAUAUUAAACUUCAUCUUUAUGAAAAGGGGUUCAAAAAGAAAUAUUAUUUCUGGACUGAUCAUGGAGAGAUCGCGCCUAAUAUGGAUAUGAAUUUUCAAAAUUUUACUAAUGAGGAGGCUUUUCAGAAGAAGAGUGGUAAGGCAAAGGGCGUUCGAGCAUCUGAAAAGGGCAGCUCGUUGCACAACGAGGGUUUAGUUACCACGAGAACUCCCCGGAGGAGAUUGGCUUACAAGAGAUCUGUGUCUCGUGAUCAUGAAGUCUUCCAGGAAACACACACCAUGAAAAGGAGGAUGAAGAAAAGGUUUGGGUUGAAUCGCAGGCCAAGCAAACGUAAUGAGUAUAAACAAAAUUUGGAAGACAUUCAGAAUCAGUCAGUCGACAAUCAAGAUAGGCCAAGCAAACCAUCUGAUAAUGUGGACAUUUGUCUUAAGGUUGGUGGUGGCCUACAUAAGGAGAGAGCCUACGGCGUUGGAUCAGAGUGUUCAUUCAGUCGUCAAUCGCCAGGAUCGCCUGUUGCUUCUUAUUCUUCACAGUCCUCUGUGAAUCAGGGUGAGUUGGAGGCAACACAGAGGAAGUUAGAGGCAAUGCGGAAAAAAGAAGAGAUGGAUUCAUUGCGGAGACAAAUGCAAGAGGUGACAGAAAUGUUUGAAGCAGAUUUUUUAGAACUUGAUCGACUGCAGAAACUAAUGCAUGAAUUCACGCACAGUUGUCGAUCUAAUCCAGUGUCUGACUCCGGCUACGAUGGGAAGAAUUAGUGUAUUGUACUUGUGAUUUUUGGAACUUUUACUUGUUUUAUUUGGUUGGAAUGUUACUUGGAUGGCGGAAUUCUGUUACUCAUUCAAAUGAUGAUGAUCCUAAUUGAAAUUUGACUUGUCCUAGAGAUGUUAUCAUGUUACUCAUUGACUCAUUGU